UUCGAUAUGAAAACAUCCGGGCUCCUGAACGAGUUUUCGUUUAUUUCUUAUGCCUUCCUCACGUGGCGGUGACUUCUUAUAUGAGACAGCAGCCGGCUGAUUGAAGUUCCGGCUGCGGCGGGGGCGAAGUUAACUGACAAAUCUCUCCCUCUCGCUCCCUGUUUAUCUUCCUAAGAUGAGAAUUUUGGUUGGCAUUCUCGGAAAAAACUUCUUUUUCUCUAGGUUGCUUCUUUUUUGUCCUCCAAGAAUCAGGUUUACGCCCAAAAAGAGUUGUAUGAUAUCCAUCCCAGUCGGUUUUCCUCGGACCUCGCCUCUUGCUGUGCAUUCUACUGAAAUUGUUGCCAAUUAUAGGCAAAUUGCAACCCAUGCAUCUCUACAUGAGGAUGUGGUUGCAGAAGGCAACUUGAAUCAGAUUCUUGCUGCCAUUGAAGAUGCUCCAAGCUCCACUGAAGAAAUCUGUAUUGCUUAUCUUGAUAAGCUAUGCAAAGCUGGAGAUGUUUCUAUUGCUGCCAGAUUGUUGCAAUUUUUACAGAAUAAAAAUAUCUUCCUUGGCCCUAAUGCUUAUAAUCUUGUUUUGGCGGCAGCAGGUGAAAAAACUAAGAUUGAAAUUUUGUCCCAAGUUUUCAAGGAUCUCAUCAUGUCUCGUGAAUUUUUGCCUUUGGCUUCUUUUCUUAAUCUUGCCAAGGGUUUUAUAAACACAAACGAUCAUGUCUUGUUAUUGAGACUUGUUAGAGAAGUAUCGGAGCUGACAUUUCCUAGAAGUACCAUGUUUAUGAAUAGAAUCAUGUUUGCCUUUGCUGAAUGUAGGCAGUACGACAAAGCCCUGCUGAUAUAUGAUCAGAUAAAAGACUUGAGGUCCAAGCCAGAUUUGAUCACGUAUAAUACUGUUUUGGAUAUUUUAGGUCAUGUUGGUCGGGUUGAUGAAAUGCUUCAUGAGUUUGCUUCCAUGAAGGAGGCAGGAAUUGCUCCAGAUUUCAUUUCUUACAAUACACUAUUAAACCAGUUGCAGAAGGCUGGAAGAUUGGAUUUGUGUUUAAUAUACAUGAAGGAAAUGGAUGAGGGUGGAAUUGAACCAGAUUUGCUUACAUAUACUGCAUUAAUUCAGAAUUUUGGUCGAACAGGGAAUAUUGAGGAGUCAUUGAAACUAUUCAGAGAGAUGAAGACAAAGCAGAUCCGUCCAUCAAUCUAUAUAUAUCGAUCACUAAUCAACCGUUUAAAGAAAAUGGGAAAGGUGGAGUUGGCUAUGACCCUUUUGGAGGAGAUGAAUGCAUCUCUUCCAAAUCUGGCUGGUCCAAGGGACUUCAAACGCAAAGGCAGGCGGUAAAUCACUCAAAAGGUCUUCUUUUGGGAUUUGAGUUGCUGAAUGGAAUCUGCUCAGGUAGAGUGCACUGGGAGUAUGUACAAGUCAUGGAAAUGGUAGAAAUGUUUGAGCUGAACCAGAUGUACUUAAACUUUUUCAUAAUACUUCAAUGCUGGAGAUGAGUUUAAUCUAUCUUAGAGGCCUCCUAUCAUUGAAGGAAGUGCAGCUGGGACUUCAAAAGUAACAACCAAGGAACACCUAAAGCUAUGGAUGCUGCGGAUGAAAAUGGAAUAAAGAAACAGGCCAGUUUACAGUCUCCUUGCUUUGUCUCUUAUUUGCCUCAUAUAUUCUCUGGUUGAUGAUGCUUGUGCCGAUAUCAUUUGCUGCUGCUCGAUUGUUGGAUUGAAAUAUUGCUUAUGCUGAGUUGUGAAUCUGUUUGUUUUAAUGUCACUUGAUGGUAUAGUAAUACUUUUUAGUUGCGUUGUUGUAUUGUGGUUGAGUGGUUGGUGGAGUUCCAGCUAGUUUGGCUUGUUUUCUGAACAUCUACAAAUAUAAUUUGCUAUGCUCCUAUUUGAAUCAUUACAUGCUGAUUUUGCUGGGAUUGUGUUGGUAACUGAAUGUUUUGGCUGAAUUUGGUACAUGUUGUGGGCUUUAAUUUUAGGCGUACGAUAUGUGUCUGCUUGGCUCUGGAGUUGAGGUUUUGGAUUGGCAGUAUUUGUUAGGUUGAUGGGUGCUAGGAAGCUUCUUUGAUUGUUAAGGGUAGUAAUUCCUCAUCUUUUGGGCCUCUAUUAGAGUUAAUUUGGAUGCAAAUGAGUACUGUGUUGCGUAUAUUGAGAAGAUCAUUUCCUCAUCUUUUUAAGCUUCCUCUCUCAUGAUAGAUAAAUUUUAUGCACUUCUUCAGCACUUCCCUUACAUUGUAGUAACCUACUUUGCUCAUUAUUCCGUGUCUCUUGUUGCAGGAAAUGAAGCUAUUUUUAGCAAUUUUCAGCAUUUUGAGUCUGAAUACUAUUUCUUGAAUUAAUGUUAUUGGUGCUCAGGAACUGCAUGGAACAAACUUUAGAUAUCUGUAGACCUGCACCUGGGAUUUGUUUGCAUUGUUGAAUGAAAACGUUUAAUCUCAGAAAUGGAGCUCAUAGCUCUCUCGACAUUGCUGAUCACUCAGUUUUACGUUUUCACUGUUAUGAUAAAAUUAUCCCCCUAUUAUCAUUGCAUUUCCUAUUCACGAAUUGAUAUAUUGAAUUA